CCGUACUUCCACACAUACGGCCAGUAUUUGGUUUCGGGUGUGAAGACACUGUAUUCUUCUGCACCCAAACGGGUGUCGCAGCCUUUUCCACAAGCUCUGCCAGUCAGACUUGUUAGAGAAGCUCGGGAAUUCUUUUCUCGCGCUCGAAUUGCCGUCCAUAUACAUCUUGAGCGGAGUAUCUGGGACGUGCUGUCAGCUCUGUAUCGUUGCUAUCGCCGUGAGCUGCUGAUGGCGUAAACCAAGUUCGGUGCAUGGUAUAACGUCGCCAACGUCACCUGGCGCGCAACUGUGUUACUUUCUCAACCUAAGAGUAGCAUUACUAGCCAUUGAGCCAUGGGCAACACGGUCACGUCGCUGUCUGGCGUCGGCGAAGGAGCUCGGGCGCGCAACCUUCCGAAGCUCCUCAAGGCGCUGCGGCGCGCCAAAGACGAGCGCGGGGUCCAGUUCGUGGCACGGACCCUAGCCCGCAACCCGCGCUACCUGCUGCGGCGCGAGCCCAAGUACUCGGCGCUUUCCACCACCGUGUGGCACGAGGCCGCAAGCAACCCGCGUGUCGGCGGCGAGCUCAUUGACGUGCUGGAGGCAGCGCUGCGGGCGUGGGUGCCCACGUUCACGGCCAAACAGAUCAAGAAGCUGGAUGCAAAGCUGAAGGUGCUCCGCGGCAAGAAGCCCGCCCCCACCGGCGCCGGCACCACCAGCGCCGCCAGCCCGGGUGCGUUCCAGCGUGCGUCGGCUCCGACGUCGGUGGCGACGUCGCCGCUGGCUGCGACCACGGCGCCCGCCACCUCUUUGACGGCGGAGGCGGAGGCGCAGGAUACUGCUGAGGAGGAGGCACGUGACGGCGGCGCCCUCGCAGCCAACGGCGCGAACGGUGCUGCGGACCAUCCCCGCCAGCGCAGCCGCAGCACCACCGGCGUCGCCCGCCCGCCGCUCGGCGGCGCCGGCGCCGGCGUGGGCGCCGGCGGCGCCGAGACGGGCACGGACGUCGCGGAGGACGACGAUGACGACGACGACGAGGAGGGAGAGGAGGACGAGGAAGAUGAUGACGACGACGGUGAUGAGGAGGAUGAUGAGGAGGAGGCAGCUCUGCUAGGCAACGACGCCGGCACCGCAGCUGCACGCGACCAGACCCGCUCCGCCGCCGCCACUGCGAACGGCGGCGCCGCCGCUGCGGGCCACGCCAACGGCGGCCCCGUGGCCACCGCAGCAGCAGCAACCCCAGCAACAGCAACCCCAGCAGCAACGUCGGCAGGAGCGGCUGCCGCGGCAGCAGCUGUGCCGCUGAGCUCGGCUCAUGAGGCGCUGGUUGCCAAGGUGCUGGAGGCGGCGAUGGACGGGCGCAACCAGCUGGGGCAGACGCCGCUGAUGGUGGCGUCCAGCGAGGGCGCGGUGGGGGCGGUCAAGGCGCUGCUUAAGAUGGGCUCGGACCCGCUGGCCAUUGACAACCGCGGCUCCCGCACGGCCCUGCACCUGGCUGCACGUGACGGCAAGGCCGAGGCGCUGGAGCUGCUGCUGCUGGCGGCGGCGGAGCGCUACCCCCUGAUCCGGGCCACCGACGUAGGCACGGUCACCUCGCUGACGCCGCUGCACUACGCCUCGUACGGCGGCUGGGUGGACGUGGCGGAGGUGCUGCUGCGGCACGGCGCGGCGCUCAUGCCCGUGUCCACUGGGACCCAGUACGACACCUCCCCUGACGACCCCGGCACCACGCCCCUGCACGUGUGCGCCUGGCGCGGCGACGUGGUCAUGUGCCGCCAGCUGCUGGCAGCACACCUGGAGCGCUCGCUCAUGCGCGACCCGCGCCGCGCCCACACGGACCCGCGCUCGGCGCGCACCUGCCACGGCCACUCGCCCAUGCUCAUGCUGCACCGCCGCGAGUGCGACCGUCCCAUCGCCAAGCUGCUCAACCCCUCCCUGGACCUGGUGGCCCUCAUGCCCGACGUCGUCGCCGCCGCCGCCGCGGCGGCCAUGCGCGCCGGCGGCGCCGCCGGCCUCUCCUGCGUGGUGCCGCCGCUGCAGUUCCUAGCGGCAGCGGUGCUGUCGUCGCAGAUGCUUGUUAGCAUCUCGAAGGCGACAACCGCCGCCGCCCGCGCUGCCGGCAAGGCUGGCGGCAGCAGCGCCGCCGCCGCUGACGGCGCCGGCGGCGCGAACGGCAGCGGCGCCGCCGCCGCCCCCAAGGCCACGACCGCCGACGCCGCUAUGUCCUCCAUCUUCAACCCCGACGCGUCCAGUUCGCCCUCCAGCGGACCGUCGGUGACCGCUGACGGCGCUGCCGCCGGAGGCGCCGCCGCCGGACUGGCGGUGAUCUCUGAGUCGCAAGCAGCGCCGGCGGCGGCGGCUGCGGCGGCGGCUGCGGCGGCGGCGAAGGAGGCCGCGGCAAAGAAGGCGAAGCCCGCCCCGCAGUCGCGUGCGGCGUUGGCUGCGGCGGCCGCGGCCGAGGCACGUGUGCGCGCCGCGGAAAAGCGGGAGGAGGAGGAGGCCGCUGCCGCGCUGGCGGUACUGGCGGCGGCGGAGGCCGCCGCUGCAGCCGCCGCGGCCGAGGUCGCGGACUUACGCAGCUCUAACCCCGCCGGUGACGCGAUCCGCGAUGAUGUCUCCGUCGCCUCCACGGCCGCCUCCGCCGCCACCGCCGCCACUGCUGCCACUGCGGCCACCGCCGGCCCCGCGGCCACGGGCUCCGCUGCCGCCACCCGCGCCGGCGGCGCCGCCACGGGCAUCGACCCCAACGCCGCCGCCGACAUCGUGCAGGUCCACGUGGUCGCCCACUCCACCACAGGCGUCACGCUGUCGUCCGUGCCGGCCGGCGCCGACCCCCGUGGCCCGCAGCUCUUCGGUCGCAUGUCAUCCAGCGUGGCUGGAUCCAGCCCUCUGGCUGGCGCCAGCCCCAUCCUUGGAUCUAGCCCCCGCGCCAGCGGCACCUUCGCCGUGCUGGAGGCGCGCGUCAGUGGCGCGGGCAACGGCGAGCUCGCGCACAUGAGUGGCGCGGCUGGCGAGGGCAGUCUGCGGCCGCCGCCGGCGCUGGGCGCGAGCAGCGUGGGUCUGGGUGCGCCGAGCGUGGGCAUCGGCCUGGGGUCGGUCAGCAUCGGCCUGGCGCCGGUGGCAGGAGGCGCGGGAGCGGUGUUGGGAGCGGGCGGCGGCAACACGUGCAGCGUGUGCAUGGACGCGGCGGUGAUGGUGCGCAGCAGCGGCUGCGGCCACCCGCUGUGUGCCGGGUGCGCGCAGAAGCUCGCGGCCCAGGUGCUGCGCCGUGUGCGGCCGCUGGCGUGCCCCUUCUGCCGCCAGGUGGUCCCCAACUUUGAGGCCAUCGCCGUCAAGAAGCAGUAGACGGCGAGCGGUUGGGGAGUUGACGGCGAGCAGGAGCAGCGACAGCAGGAGCCGAGACGACAUGAGCAGCGACACCACUAGGCACAGCUUACGGUACUCAGCAGCGGAGCCAGGCUUUGCGGGAUUGUGUGCAUGCAUGCACGAUCGGGGAAUUGAGGUUGGCUUAUCAAUGCAGGACGAGGAGGAUGUAGCAGGCAAAGCACCAGGUUUGGGCUCUUCGGGUAUCGGCUGCACUGCUUCAGGACCUGUGUUUGGGAUCUCGGAUUCCAGGUAUUGCCCGCAUGUGGUUGCUGAGUUGGGUGCAUGAGUACAUGAUGGAAGGGGCCUGCGUAGGCGCACAGAGGCACGCCCUGGGGGGCAUGGGACUUGCACAUAAGCCACCGGGUAUGUGGUCGCGUGGCUCUCUGCGCGUUUAGUUUUGAGGCUGUUGAUUCGUCGCGAUGUUGCCGAUUGCUGCUGUGGCAAAAAAGUGAACAUGGUUUGGAGAUCGUUUUGUGCCAAGUGCGUGUGGCAGAGAAGCGCCUCAUGGCGCCAGACAGGGAGAGGGCUUGUGUUCCUCCGCCAACCCGUAAAGAGCUAUUGGGACGCCAGAGCCGCAGGGGACUGGGGUGGGGGCGCACGACUGGUCGCCGUGCAGGCUUGUCGUUUGCGCCGCGGGUGUGCAGCUGACGAGGCGAGGUGGCACCAUGUACCGUUGCAAGCAACUAAGUAAGGGCGUGAUAAUGAUGAAAACAUGCAUAUGUGAACGAGCGUGAUGGAGUGACGGACGGCCGGUCUUUCUUGCAGACAAGGUUUGGAGAUUGGGGACGUCAGGCUUGCGUUGGGGCGGCGUUGGGAGUACACGGUCGAGGCCUGAGGUCCUCUCCUCAAGUUGUGGCAUCAUAUAGGUAAUUGUUGGUUCGUCGCAUUAUAACAAAUUGCCAGAAUGCAUUCGAGUCGUCUCGCAACAGUGUCGUCCCGGCCGACAU